AUGGGGUUGCCUCAGCUGGAGACUUGCUGUUUUAUCCUAGACUUGAAGACGGGUAACAUUAUCAUGGGGUCCAUAAAUGCGGUCCUCUCCUUCAUUAUGUUCAUAAUCAUGGUGGUAGUGGCCUGCACCUUGGAGCCUUUGAAGGAGCUGGCAAUGGAGGAGAGUGACUUCAACGCCGAAGCAGCCUUCACGGGCUUGUACUCCAUGUCCAUCAUACUGUGCCUCAUGUUUCUUGCUAAGUUCUGCUUCGACGUUUUCUUCGUGUACGGCGUUUUGGCGGAGCGUGCUGGUAUAAUUCGCGCUUACUUCGUGAUGUGGGUGGUGUUCUUCCUGCUGUCAAUGUUCACGUUCUUCCUCAACGCGCCUCACUACAGCGCGGGGCACAUCUGUAUGGAAGUGUUCUACAUUGGUCUGAAUAUAUACGCCAUUUUGCUGAGCCACAGUUUCUACAAGCUGCUCAAUUCUCGGGAAGAAGUCUAAAAAUUCAUGGAUAAAUCUAAACCUAAACCUUUUUAUUUAAUAUUAAAUGGUUUACGUUUUUUAAAUACAUUUACAAAUUAAUAUAUAUUAAAGUUUGAAAUAAUUAAACAAACAUACAUAAGUAUAACAUAGAACUUAUACUAUUUGGGAAUCGGUCAAAGAACUUUCGGGUUCCGUAUAUUUAAAGACCCCGGCGCUUGCCAAACCAACUAGGCGGCUACAAUAAUUUUGAAAAACCAAUACCUCAGAGCUAUAACUACUUCUACAAUAUCUAUAACUAAAAAUGUUAUUUUGUAAAUCAUUUUUGUAUUUAUUUUACAAUGUAAUUUAUUUUUUCAUUACAAUUAUGAGUAAUCUAUGUCAUUACAUUUUUUUUUUAUAAUUUCAUGAUGAUUUAAGAGUAGGUAGAUGCAAUUUUUACAUACGCACUUCGAAAAUACAAAGUCUUAUAUAAUUUCAUAAAUCUGUGAUAGAAUUAUAAGAAACUCAUUUAUUACAAAAAUACUGAACAAAAUUAUUAUAUUCUUACUACUUGAUUUUUAUUUCAGAAAAAAUAUUCUUCAUAAAUGUUUUGAAUGUUAUUGACGUUAAAUAAUAUAUAUUAAUAAUAAUAAUUAUAUUAUUAAGAAGUUGUUUGUCAAAUAUAAAUUAUAUACGUUUACAACUUUUACUUACAGGAUCUUUAAUCAUUAACGUUUUAAAGUCGUUGUUCUUAUUACGGAACCUUAAAAACCUUGAAUUUAUUAUUACUAAGAUAGGUAUUAUUUAUAGCAAACUGCAUUAAAUACCAUACUAAAUACCAAACAAGCAAGGUCAGAGAAUCCGAAGUUAUUUUUGUUUAGUCAAUCAAUACUUGAUACCCAACUUUUUUUACCAAAAAUUGUAUGGAGCCCAGGAUCAGUCAUUGUACCCUGGUGGAAAUAAAAAAAAAAAUUUUUUUUGACUAUUUUUGAUUAAACAAAUCUUUAAUUUAAUUCUUCAAAAUAAUAUUCAUUAUAUCCCAAAAAAUGCAACACUAAUAAGGGUAAUAAUGGCAGAUUGAUGACGUUUUCAAUGCAGUAGUCGUUUUGACGUUUGCUGUUAAAUUUAUUCACUUGUUUUGAUUUUAAUAAAAGCCUUGUAUUUUUUAAAUUUUAAUGAUUAUUGUGUACAGGAGUGGACCUGAAUUGGACCAUCUCCUUUGUCUGAUGUUUUUGCAUCAGAAAAUCUAUUAGGUAAAUUAUACUUCGACUUCGUUGGCAAAGAAUUCUGUUUUCUUGAAACUAAAUAAAUAACUUUGUUAUAUAUCUUAGUCGUUUUCAUAUACUUGUUAGCAGUUAGUUUGUUAAUACAUUAUAAUAAUUAAUAAUAUUAUAAUAGAUAAUAAUAUUAUGAAAAAAGCCUUUAUGUUACCAUGAACAAAUAACUUGGC